GAACGAUCUAUGUUAGCAAGAUUACGAGACAAAAAUGAAUACAAAUAACAUAACUCGUAAUACAUGGAUGCAGGAUUGAUAAGAAUAAUAAAAGAUGUAGAUGGGGUCAUGAUGGUGACCAGCCAAGUUCUUUUCAUGGAGACAAAAUGGUGUGUUUUGGAUGAAUUUUUUAGAAGUUCUUCAAACAAAGGUGUCUCACUCACUCACUUUUUUAUGCUCCCUCUCUCUCUCUCUCUCUCUCUCUGAAUUUACCAUCAACCCACUAGUACUUUCUUUUUGCUUGGAUGAUCAAUGAUGGAAGGAGAAGGAAAGGUGCCAGAAGAAGAAACAAAGCAGAAAGGAAGGUUCCAAAGAAUAUGUGUCUUCUGUGGUAGUAGACCUGGAUACAAAUCUGCAUUUGGUGAUGCUGCUCUUGAGCUUGGUAAAUUGCUGGUUGAAAAGAAGAUUGAUUUGGUUUAUGGUGGAGGAAGAUUAGGACUAAUGGGUUUGAUCUCUGAAACAGUUCAAACGGGAGGUGGCCAUGUUCUUGGAGUGAUUCCUAAAGCUCUGUUGCAUCAUGAGAUAUCUGGAGAAACCUUUGGAGAAGUGAAAACAGUUGCAAACAUGCAUGAAAGGAAGUCAAUAAUGGCUAAACAUGCUGAUGCAUUCAUAGCUCUUCCUGGAGGCUAUGGAACAAUGGAAGAGUUGCUAGAGGUUAUAGCUUGGUCCCAAUUAGGAAUACAUGAUAAACCAGUGGGGUUGCUGAAUGUAGAUGGGUAUUUCAAUAGCUUACUAACCUUAUUUGAUAAGGGGGUUGAAGAAGGUUUCAUAGAUGACUCUGCCAGGCAUAUAGUGGUCAUAGGAGACACAUCAGAAGAAUUAAUAAAGAAAAUGGAGGAGUAUGUUCCUGUGCAUCCCAAGGUUGCACCAAAGCAAAGUUGGGCAGAGGACCAAUUUUUAGGGCCUACUGAAAAUGGAGAACUUAGAUCUUAAAAUCUCCAUCAUCCAUUUGUGUAAAGAGCAUAUAAACCAGUUAAGCUCCAUUUACUUGUAAAGAAUACAAUAUAUAUUAAAAAAACAAGCAUGAAACAUGCAUGUUGUAGCUCCAUCAAGAGCAAUUGAAUAGUACUAAAGUUCCAAGAGGUUAGAAUCUCUUUUUCCCUGAAAAUAGCAUUGACUCUAAUUAAAUUAUACACUAUAAUGUGAUGGGCAGAAGAUAACAAUGGUUAUAUAUAUAUACAUAUUUUUUUAAGCUGUGUGGGGUUGUUAGGAUCAAGGUCCUAGUCCACUAGGCACUUGACACCUAGUUUUCUUUGUGUACUUCUAAUAGUUUAUUAGAUUCUCAAAGUGUGAAUUUAGAUUUUGUCAAUAUUGCUAUUUGAUUA